AUGUGCCCUGGAGGCAGGGUUCAUUGCCAGGACAGUUCAGGAGGACAGCCAGGAGGCCGACUAAACAAGGAGAACAGUUCUGCAGUGUGCGGAGUCAGCAGAACCUCCGACAAAGGAGCAGGAGUCAGCAGGACCUCAGACGAGGGCACAGGAGUCAUCAGGACCUCCGACGAGGGCCUAGGAGUAGGCAGAACCUCUGAAGAAGGAGCAGGAGUUGCUGGAACUCCGACAGGGAAGCAGGAGUCUGUGGAGUCAGCAGCGCCUCCCACGGAAUCACGGGUGGGCUGGACCUUCCACAGGGACACAGGAACCGGCCGGACCGCCGAGGGGGAACCAGGAGUCGGCCAGACCGCCAAGGGGUCUCGCUGGCGUCACAGCCAGGUGCUCAAGGUUGUGGCUGUGGCAGCUCGUAAAUUGGAGGAUGCUCAGGAAUUUGCCAAAAAGCACAGCAUCCCAAAGGUAUAUGGCAGCUAUGAGGAGCUGGCCAGAGAUCCAGAUGUAGAUGUGGUGUACAUUGGAGUUAUCCACCCCUGUCAUCUGAAGACAUGUCUUCUCUAUACAAACGCCAAGAAAAACGUCUUAUGUGAGAAGCCACUGGCCAUGAACACAAAGGAGGUGAAGGAGAUCCUGGCCUCUGCCAAACUCAAUGAUGUCUUCUUCAUGGAAGCUGUCUGGACCCGAUUCUUCCCGGCCUCAGUGGAGAUAAGACGGCUACUGGCACCAGGGGUCCAGGCCAUGGGGGUGUGCCUGGAGACUGGUAAUGUAAAAGUGACCAGUAUGGUCUCAUGGAUAUGAUAAGUGAUACUUUGUCAUUUGAAGAUGGAGAAUAAUGAGUAACACGUAUUCGUGAUUAAAGUUUACAAGAAUAAUAUCUAAACACAGGUAGAAAAAACACAGUGGCAGAAUUUUAAACUGUGUUUGUGCCUACCUAUAUGUUUACAGACAAGAUGUUUAUUGUCUUCUUCUUUGCCACUGUGAUUCCUUCUGUAUGUGAAAUAAGAAUUUUUAACCAAGGGAGUGUCCCCUGUCCUGAUAAGACUUCACCUCUUAUCUCUGUAUUUUCAUUUUGGCACUGUAAACGUUAAGGUUUGAUAGUUCAGACACCUCAUGUUGUCCUCCAUUUAUACAGUACACCUCUUAAAAAAUACAGUGGAAUGACCUGACUCAACAUUUUCUUUUGCUGAAGACAUUCAUGUGCCACUACAAGAAUCCCUAACGUCGCACCUUUUAAGGCAUGUGACAGAGUUCAUGUUUUAGUAUUAUAGUUUUUAUCUUUAAUAGUUUAAAUGUGAAUUGAAAUGUGUAUAUUAUAUAUUGCAGGAAUGAGACUGUUAUUGUUACACUGAAGUUCUCCAGGAACAGGAUGGCAGUGUUUAUUUGUUCUUCUGGUUGGAAGCUGGUCAAUGAUGCCGUUAAUGUGGGCACAAAGGGCAUCAUCAAAGGGCGUAGUGCUGAGUUUAUUUGAGUUUGUUUUCCUGAAAGGCAGGAAGGCGGUUAGUGUCCAGUCUGUCUUAGAGGUAGAUUACGUAAAAAUAUAAUAAAUAUAUAUAAAGUACUUGGUUAUUGAAAAAAAAAAAAAAAAAAAAAGUACUUCAGUGAGACAACUUGAUGUCUUUAUUUAUUUAUUUUUUUACGAAGAGUAAUUGCUCCAUACCUGACACGUUGAGGUUUAGGCUACGCCCCUUAAGAGAUAUCUCCCAUGCAGACUCUCUGCUGCUGGCUGAGGUAGAGGACGAGAUCCGCCGGCAGGUGGGGGUGACUUACAGCCAGGACUGCCAGUAGAUGAAUAUUAAGAUGAAAGAAAAAUCAUCAAUAGUCUCAACAAAGUGAGGGAAUGUUGUGAGCACAAAGGCAGUAUAUGUUUGAGACUUUCUUUAUUUGACUUAAGUGCUUCCAUGUUGUAAACAUGGAAAGACACUAAAACAAUUAAACCUUUCAAUCAUUAAUAAAAAAUUGUAUAACA